AUGCACAAAUUAUCGCGAACAUCGCUCGCCUCUCUGGUCUGCCCAUCGGCCCCGUUUCUUGCGCCUCGUCUUCUUCGCACAGUGGUACCGGCUGCCGUGGCAUCAGCACAAUGCCCACCAUCUACAGGCUUACAGAGGGCGACUUAUGCGACAGCAAGAGAGGGUAAAAGUGUGAUUCGAAAGAUUGACCCCAAGAAAGGAAAACUAAAGUCUUUCGCUCCCCGGCUGUCCCAGGAAGAACUCGAGACAGUCCGCCUAGUCAAGAAGUUCCGGGAAGCCUGCGAUGUUCGAAAUGUUCAGCUUGUUAUGGAACUCUACCCCACGCUACUCGCAGCCAAACUCCUGAAUAGCUACGACACGCGACGCAUCACCCAAGUCCUUCACGUACGCAUACGGAACGAACACAACCCAAGCAAGCGAGACGAACUCUUCCCCUUCGUCCAGCAGAUAGUGAGCGAUCUACGUAGAGGGGUACUCGAGCCACACCACUACGCAUUCGUCCACCUGUUCGGUAUCUACAAAGACGCCAAGCGCUUCGAUGAGGGGUAUGCGCUUUGGCAGUGGCUGGUUCAGCAAGACGAGCGCUAUGUGUCGCAGGCUGCCUAUGGCGCUGCGAUCGAACUCAUGGCAUAUGGAAGACUUAUGAAACUGUCACAGUUAGAGGAACUGUACAGCGACGGACUAAAGCGCUUCCCAGGUACCUUUGCUGAGUAUCAUCUCUCGCCUGACGCCAUCGUGCCCGACCGAACCCAACUUACUACAAUCUCCGGCAUUCCUACUAUUCUCCUCCAGGGCAUACUCACAGCACGCAUACUGGCUCGUGAUUGGAAAAAGGCGUAUCUGGCGCUAGACACCGCGCUCCGCAUGUAUCCCACCCAGACUCCAACGCGCUACUUUGAGCUGUUUAUGACCGAAAGGCCUAUAUCCGAGGGAUACACAGCUUUCAUGCUAGCUUGCCGUGCUGGAAUCGCUAUGAGACCGACUCAUGUCACCGCACUAAUUACAAAACUCCGAGCGGCAAUGGGAGCGUCACAAUCCAUGGCUGAUCGGGUCAUGCUGCUUCGGGCCAUUGCGAAUGUGAUAUACGGGCACCUGGAGGCUGGAGGAAAUCUCGAAAGCAUCCAUGUCGGGUCAUUCUUUCGUGCCUUCGAACUGUUACUGCCAGGCCCCAUCGCUGGUGAAGAUUAUGUUGGAGAAGCAGCAGAGAUGCGCAAUAUCCUUGUAGUCACAGCGCAUGAGAUGAUGUCGGAACUGAUACAAGCUGGCAUGUCACCCGAGAUUCAACCAUUCGAGGCUCUCAUCUCAAUAUCGGGCAAACUACGCGUCCCAAGUUUACUAAGUACUACCCUUCAAGACAUCGAAGCGGCUGGUCUCAAGCUUGGGCCUAUUGCAAGAAGGACGGUCAUCACAACAGCCGGAUUGCUCAAGAACAAAAAGAUGCUUGAACAGUACUGGUCACUUGUUGUUUCAGAUGCAGAAGUGAACAGUGCACAGAUACCCUUUGAAGAUUGGAUUACUCUCACCAAAGCGUGCAGACGAGCGGACCAUGGCGACUACUUCCGAACCCAACUUCUGAAGUUGCCGUAUGCCAUCAACGAAAACACCGAGCGCUAUCUCAUUCAGCAAAUCGAUAUGCCAGAGACUCCAUCCUUACUCCACGACAUAUACCAAUACAUGAGCGUCAAGGAUCUGACCGCAGAGCUGGACGCACUCAAGACUCAGGUGAAGGACAUUGAAACUGUCGUCAUGUCCGGACAACCACUUGAUCUCCGCGCAUCCCCCCUAUACAUGCAUUUGGACCCCCAUCACCCUUCUCUGGGUCCCCAGGAGGAUCUACGAUCAGUAUAUGAUGAGUUUACUACCGACCCACACCAACCGCCUCCACCACCGGCCACACCUAACUCACCUAUUCAACCCGCAGUAAGCCCAACCGGCAUACCCCUAGAUGAACUCCGUUUCCAGAACUGGGUCACCAUCCACGAAAUGAUGGACACAGCCUCUGAGUACGAAUCCGACCUUCAGCACGCCGUCAAUACCGCCAUCAAAUCCGGCACCCCGCUGAAAGACACCGCCGAGCUUCUCCGUUUGCGCAAAGACGCCUAUGCACCGCGGUCUCGCGCCGGUCUGAGCUUAAAAAUAAAAGAGCUCAGAGCGAGUCGUCCCGAAGAUAAAUAA